UUUCGGGCGACCGUCUGGUGGUUUCCCGGAAGGGUCCUCGGAGGGGUUCAGAAGAGGGUGGAGGGCGGCGAAGCGGGGGAGUCGAGGUGCUGUCCCCCGCGUACAGUCUACACCCCGGGCUCUGCGUCGCUAUGGAGGGCGGGGGGCGGCCCUCGCUGGGGCAGUUUAUCCUCCUGGGCACCAGCUCUGUCGUCACCGCCGUCCUGUACUCCGUGUACCGGCAGAAGGCCCAGGUCGCCCAAGAGCUCAAGGGAGCUAAGAAAAUCCACUUGGGUGAAGACUUAAAGAAUAUUCUUUCAGAAGCACCUGGAAAGUGUGUGCCUUAUGCUGUUAUUGAAGGAGCUGUGCGAUCUGUCAAGGAAACACUGAACAGCCAGUUUGUGGAAAAUUGCAAGGGGGUGAUUCAGCGGCUGACGCUUCAGGAGCACAAGAUGGUGUGGAAUAGAACAACCCACCUUUGGAAUGAUUGUUCAAAGAUCAUUCACCAGAGGACCAACACAGUGCCCUUUGAUCUGGUGCCCCACGAGGAUGGUGUGGAUGUGGCCGUGCGAGUGCUGAAGCCCCUGGAUUCCGUGGAUUUGGGCCUAGAGACUGUGUACGAGAAGUUCCACCCCUCAGUCCAGUCCUUCACGGAUGUCAUUGGCCACUACAUCAGUGGUGAGCGGCCCAAAGGUAUCCAGGAGACUGAGGAGAUGCUGAAGGUGGGGGCCACGCUCACCGGGGUUGGAGAACUGGUCCUGGACAAUAACUCCGUCCGCCUGCAGCCCCCCAAACAAGGCAUGCAGUACUAUCUGAGCAGCCAGGACUUUGACAGCCUGCUGCAGAGGCAGGAGUCGAGCGUCAGGCUCUGGAAGAUCCUGGCCCUGGUGUUUGGCUUUGCCACGUGUGCCACCCUCUUCUUUAUCCUCCGGAGGCAGUACCUACAGCGGCAGGAGCGCCUGCGCUUGGAGCAGAUGCAGGAGGAGUUCCGGGAGCACGAGGCCCAGCUGCUGAGCCAAGCCUCGCCGGAGGACAGGGAGAGCCUCAAGAGUGCUUGCGUUGUGUGUCUGAGCAACUUCAAGUCCUGUGUCUUUCUGGAGUGUGGCCACGUGUGUGCCUGUCGUGAGUGCUAUCGUGCCUUGCCAGAGCCCAAGAGGUGCCCCAUCUGCCGGCGGGAGAUCACCCGGGUGAUUCCCCUGUACAACAGCUAACAGCCCUGCGGCCACACAGCUGCACCGGGAAGCAGCCUCCGCCUGCUCAGGGAGUUCGUCCUGAGGCCUCUGGAAGAGCCGCCGUGGACUGCUGUACCUCCAGGUGUGACUGAGCGUGAAGUGUCCAGACCCACACCUCCACCAGCAGGGCGUUGCCAACCAGAACAUGUCGGGGAGCCCUUGCUCUGUGGAAGCCAUGGCCUGACAUCGUUUCCUGAGAAGCAGAUCGAUGUGGGGGAGACCUGGAGGACCCCAUUGCCCCCUUGGCGGCUCUUCUGGACCCUGCUGGGGAUGUUGAUGGCUGCAGCUCUGGGGAAGAAAGGCGGGUUCCUGAGGGCCUCACGGAGCUGCCUGUGAGGAUGCUGUUCUGCAGCUUUUCUUCUUUUGCUUCCGCCUGGGGAAAAGGUCUUUCUUCAGAAUUGUCAGGCUGGGCAAGUCCCUCGUGUUCCUUUGUCCUCAACUGCUUGCCUCCUAAAUGUGUGCAUGUGUGUAAGAGGACAGAGGAAGUGAGGCCAGCCCCUCUGCCUCUGCCCAAACAGGUGGGCCACAGCUGAGCAGAGGGACAAGCGGGGUCUUGGGUGAUUGUCAGGUAGCCCUGCUGGUAACCCCUCUGACCCGGGAAGGUCCUCCAGAGAGCACACCUUGGUCCUGAGGUGCAGCUCCUGCAGCUUGCAGGGCCCCAGGCAGUUCAGCUUUCCCAGCGGGAAGAUGAGCCUGGAAGCUGACCUGAAGGAAGCCACAAAGACUUUGCUGAGCUUGCUCCUGGCUCUUGUAUCUUCGCUUGCUUUCACCAAGGAAAAGUAGCCAGCUGGCAGCCAGGCACCCAGCUGAUCAGAGCUGUUCCCUGUCCCUGGCCGGUGGCAGAGGUAACAUCCCUGGGGGGCAGUCACAUUUCCUGCCCUUCGCCCUUCACCCCUCUCCUGUCCCGGCUGAGCCUGUGAGUGUGAGCGAAGUUGGGGAGCAUCUUUCCCCACCUCUGAGUGGCCAAAAAUACACAGAGCUCUUUAUUGUCCCUCCCUGUCCUUGAACCUUCAUCCCCCAUCCUCCCUUGUGUGGGGGAUGGGGUGCGCUCAGGGGGCUGACACUGGUGUCACGCGGUGUCCAAUGUGCACAGCACAAAUUAAACACAUUGCAACCACG